UGUGUCCAAUUUUGAAUUUAAAAUGUUUGUAAAAAAUAAAUGUGUUUACUUUGUACAGAAAUAACGGCGUGUCUCCAAUCAACCAACUUCUAUGUACCCUAAGGUUUUAUGCAACCGGGUGCUUUCAAGGGACAGCAGGAGACCUAUGUGGUGUCAGUACUGCGACAGUAAAUAGGAUAGUGCAUAAAGUCAGUCGGGCCAUAGCUUCAUUGUGGCGAGAUUAUAUUUUAUUCCCUGAGACAGAUGAAGAAAUUAAAAGGACUCAAAGGAUGUUCUAUCAGAAAGCUAAAUUUCCAAGAGUCAUCGGUGCUAUAGACUGCACCCACAUUAAAUUCUGGCAAUCGCCAGGUAUGUGCCCAAAAUUGCUUAUAAGAUGGGUAGGUUCCUAGUUAUUUUGUACAAAAAAUUUAACUGAUUAAAAAUUAUGAUACCAGUUGCGUUCAGUUAACUUUUGGCUUUGGCACCAUUGAUUUACUUAAAAAAAUAACCCAUAUUUUCAUUAUGGUUUCAGGUGGUGAAGUACCAGAAUCCUAUAGAAACAGAAAAGGCUACUUUUCUCUCAAUGUCCAAGUUAUCUGCAAUUCAAAUUUAGAAAUCACAGACAUUGUAGCCAGAUAUCCUGGAUGUACUCACGACGCCCGAAUAUGGAGGCAAUGCCAACGUAGGGCCAGGUUUGAGAGAGGAGAGUAUGGGGACGCUGUGCUGGUAGGGGAUAGUGGGUACGGUUGCCGAAGAUACAUGAUGACCCCUCUAGAUCAGUGUCAUACUGAAGCUGAACAUCUUUAUAACGAGUCGCAAAUCCGAACGAGAAACACUGUAGAACGAACGUUUGGGGUUUGGAAGCGACGUUUUCCUGCAUUAGCCAUUGGACUACGAGUUACGCUGAAAAACAUAUUGCCGAUAAUAACAGCAACUGCUGUUUUACAUAACAUAGCAAGAAGAGCUGGCGAAGAUAUUCCUAUUAACUCUGAAGUUAAUCUACCCGCUCCUUGGGAGGAGAUCCUCGUUCAGGAUGAUAUUCCUGUACCUCUUCAAAGAGACCUACCUCAUCGAAGAAUCACACAAGACAACAGAGAACGUCAAACACUGGUGGAUGUAUAUUUAGAAAGAAUGGUUAGGUUAUAAAUUCUAUUUACAUUACUUGCAAGAUAAGUUUGUGCUAUUAACCUUAUUGAA